CAAACCAAUAGCAAAUGCUUUUGGUGUCUUGCAAAAAAAACUUUUUUAGAAACAGUUUUUAGGAAAGUUUGUUAGAAUCACCUAGACCUUGGAAAACGUCUAUGAGUGAUGACUAAAAAAGCUUAGGCUAGAUGUAACUUCAUGCUUCCAGGUAUUGAGUUUAGCCUAAUCACAUCAUUUGAUAAAUAAAAGUUUUAAAAGGCGAUAAUAUAGAUGUACAGGGCAAUGCAAAUCGGUUAGGGUAGCACUGAGAUCAAAAUAAGGGAAUUGAUGCUUGCUUAGUAGGUUUGGCCAUUGACCAUCGCUUGAGUGAAGACUCGACCUCUUCAGGAAGCGCGCAGAUUUGCCGUGCGUAUCCACACAUCCAAGCACGCGCGCACCAGACUCACAUCUUCAGUGCAAUGCCUGCAUUCGGACUGAGACAUCGCUACACCACAACACAAGUACGCUUGUGCAAAGGAUACGGAUUAUGAGAUACGUUUUAUGUGGUGUAUUUCUCACUUUUGAAAUUAUUUAAAAAUGAACGAGGAAUAACUGGACGGAGAGUUUGGAUUUACUGUUGGCGUUUCUUGGGCAAAAUAUCAACAGUGGAAAUAUUUUGGUUGCCAUGGUGGAUUAUGACCAAAAAUGAACACAGGUAGUUGACAAUCAAUUGCGAGUUAUCAAAAGCAGCUGCAGGCUCCUAAACCAAAGAUUCGAAGUCAUCUGACAAUAAAGGUGCACUCGAGCCUCAUGUCAAGGUCUUAUCUUUCAACACGAGGUCCUAAGCCUCCUGUGGCUCCCAAGCCACGGCUUGCCGUGGAUGUGGAGGGAGAGAGCAGCUUGAGCGUCGUGGUCAAUGGAGACUCGGCUCUGUCCGAGAGUGAGCCAGAGCAGGAGAGCGAAUCAGAGGCUAUACGGAAUGAAACGGACGAAACAGAACGUGCUAUCGACGUCUCAGAGGAGCUUGAUGACAAUGCGGACUCAAAUGACCAUCCAGGGGGAGAGCUGACACUCCACAACGAUGCCUGUGACUCCAGUGAACUGGAGGAGGAGCAGGAGAAGGAGAAGGAGGUGGUAGAUGAGGAGGAGCAGGAGGAUGAGGAGGCGGAGGACUUUGCCGAGGAGGAGAGGGAGGAGGCUGCUGGCGAAUCAGCUGACACCCUCUCUCUCAGGUCAGCUGAAGAUGGCGAGGCACCUCCUGACUGCGAAGACGAUGCUGCUGCUGCUAGUGCUGCUGGUGUGGAGGAUGAUCAUGGAAACGUUAAUGAAACCUGUGAGGCUGAGGACACAGCGGAGGCCGCUGGGGAAAAUCUGCUGUGCGAGACGUACUCUGAGAUACAGGGUGAUGUGGAGGCCGGCGGGGCCCCACAGAGCCUCGGCGAUGCUGAUGAUAACCCUGACGAACCGACAGAGAGGCCCGACGGUGAGAUGGAAGAGCCAGAUGGCUCCGAUGGCACCUCCCGCCUCAGCAAACCCAUCACGGAGCACGACAGCCAGCUGUGCAGGCAGGACGGCGACCCAAAUCACCGCGGAGGAUGUUUACGCUCAGUGCUGCCUGAGAGCGAGGCCAGCGAGGAGGCCAGGCUGGCGUCACAAGCCACAAACUGCAUAGCUCCCCCUAUGGGUGAGGAGUAUCCAUACGAUGUGAUUGGUCCUCUGGAUGAAAACAGCGAGUGGCAACCGGAGCGUGCCACCAAAGACCGCUCCGGAUGCUACCGGUUCUCAGACGAGGCGGAUGACGCGGACAACGCUUUUGAUGCUUACUCCGUCAUAGAAGCGGUGCCCGCAGACCUGGGGGCGACUGCAGAUCCAGAGCUCGAGGACACGGAGAACGAAUGUGACAGUGAGAUGCCGGACUCCACAAGAGAGGAAGAGACAGCCAACUCGAAUCAAGAGCCUUACUACGUAUCAUCCGACGACGUUGCGGAGGCCGAGAAAGCCCAGCUGGAUGCGGAGCGUGAAGAGGCCCAGAGUCACGCAGACAGAAACCCAGAAGGAGCUGACGACUAUGCAGACAUAGAGGGCAGCCAGGACGGAGACGACCUGCUGCAUUUGGAGUGUGUGUCGUCGGAGGACUACGUCGAGAUAGGCGACGACGACGACGAUGAGAGCGACACGGAGCGGAAGAGCAAAGGAGGCAAGAGCAUCAAGGAGCGCAACGCCAAACACGGCAACUGCCAGCGCAGCAACUGUCAACGCAACAGCUGCCAGCCUCGGGUACGACUCUGCAACAUCACGGUGCCAGUGGGAAUGGAGGUGGGCCGGACGCCCGAGCUGACCAACAGGGUGGUGUUCGCCCACACCACUGAGGCAUUCGAGGAGGACAUCGAGGACCUGGACUGCCACAUCGUGCCUUUUUUCGAGGACAGCGACACGGACAGCGACGAGCACAUCUACGAGGAGGCAGGGCUGGAUUCUGAAGGGGAGAACUUCAUCUCCCUGGACAGGAAGAGCAUUGUAACACGCUCGCGCUCUCUUUCUGGUAAAGUGCCUGGCUACGUCCCUGAGACUGUUCCGGAGGAAACCGGCACCGAUUACCAGACCCAUGAGUACUACACUGUGGCCUUAGACCAAAAUGGCGACCCGCUCAAACACGCCGAGGUCAACCGCCUGAUCCCUUCCCUGAAGCCCAGGCGCUUUCUCUUGAGUCCGCGGUCAUAUUCAAUUGAAGGGCGAGAGCUCCCGCUCACGGCUCACCUGGAGGGUGACAACUCCCCCCGGGAGGAGAGGCUGAGGAGGAAAGACGACAACCUCUCUUUGCCGUGUGUCAUCGCCUCGUCCGGAAGCUUCUCUCAGAGGAGCUACCACUCCUCCAGCGGCGUGUCCACCCCGACGUCUCUGGUAGACAUCCCACCGCCCUUCGAGCUGGCGUACAUCACUAAGAGGCCGGUCACCAAAAGCUCGCCCUCUCUCCUCAUCCAGCACGAGUCGUCGGACAAGCCCAAAAAGAAGAAGUCCUCGUUCAAGCGCUUCCUGGCGUUGAAGUUCCGGAGGAAAGCAGACAGCAAGCUGCACGGGGACGGCAGCGUGCGCUCGUCACGGUCCUCCUCCGAGUCCAGCCACCAUGGGCCCAGCCGGGUUCUGGAGCUGGACCGUCGGAGCACCAGCAGCUCACCGCAGCUGCAGUCCCGUGUGGUGACCCAGCAGCACAUGCCCGAGCUCCCCGCCACCUUCCUGCUGUACAGGGACGGUCAGAAGAGGAAAGGCGUGCCCAAGAUGUUUGGUGAUCGGCGCAUCUCCAGAGUGGAGUCCUUCGAGGACCGCUCGCGACCCCCCUUCAUGCCUCUGCCUCUGACCAAGCCUCGGUCCAUCUCCUUCCCCAGUGCAGACAUGUCGGACUAUGAGAACAUCCCGGCCAUGAGCUCCGACUAUGAGAACAUCCAGAUACCCACUGGAAGACCUACACGUGCGGUGACCAUCACAGAGUUCUUCGAUGACCGGAACCGGACGACCAUGCCCGCAAAUGACACUGAUGGCUAUGUGGACAUGAACAGCUUUGCUGGAAUCGAGAACAAGCCACAUACCCCUGAGCAGGAGACUGAAAGUGCCUACACAGAGCCCUUCCCUGUUUGUCCCGCAUCCACCAGUUUGUCUGCUGAGGAAGACCAUGGCCGCACCUCCGAGGAGGAAGAGGGAUGCGGAGAUCAUAGCUAUGACAGACAGAUUGAUGGGCGAUCCCGAGCCUUCUACGUGGCCAAGGAGCUGGUGGACUCCGAGAGAGAACAUGUAAAAGCUCUGAAACACAUCGAGGAGGACUUCAGGGAAGCCGUGGCGGCGGUGGCGGUGGGAGAGGAUGGCGAGCCGGCUCUGGAUGAGGACACCCUGGGCGAGAUGCUGGGGCCCCUCCCCGACAUCUACCAGCUGCACUGCAGCAUCCUCGCCGAGCUGGAGAAACGCAUCCGCCAGUGGGAGGAGAGUCAGCAGGUGGUGGACGUCAUCCUGACGCGGCGCGCCGAGUUCUCUGUCUUCACCAGCUACAUCACCGACUAUGACCGCCGCAUGGCCCAGCUGGAUGAGAGCUGCACCCAGCACCCGGCCUUCUCUGACAUCGUCACCCAAUAUCAGGUGGAGAACAGCGAGGGUGUGCAGGUGCCCCUGAAGCAUCAGCUGCUGCAGGUCAUUGUGAGGGUGCUGCAGUACCGCAUGCUCCUCACAGACUACCUAAACAAUCUCUCGCCGGACUCCAAAGAAUAUGAAGACACUCAAGCUGCCUUGGUAAUUGUGUCAGAGGUGGCAGACCAGGCGAAUGAUAGUCUCAAACAAGGGGAGAACCUGCUGCGCCUGGUGCACAUCGAGUACAGUGUCCGAGGGAAGAGGGACCUGCUGCAGCCUGGGAGGGUAUUUGUGAAGGAAGGCACACUCAUGAAGGUUUCCCGCAAGAGCAGACAGCCCCGGCAUCUGUUUCUGAUGAAUGAUGUGAUGCUGUACACCUAUCCCCAGCAGGAUGGCAAGUACAGGCUCAAAAACACUCUCCCUCUAAGUGGAAUGAAGAUCAGUAAACCGGUCAUAGAGAAUGUGCUGAACACCCUGCGGAUUGAGGUGGCAGAUGUGACCAUCACCCUGUCUGCGAGCUCCUGCGGUGAGAGGGAGGACUGGUUUCACACUCUUAGCCGGGCCAUAGCUGACCACGCCGCUGGCCUCAACACAUUUAGCAGCUCUAGUGAGGCUCGGGAGAAGCUGUGGAUGUCCCUGGGGGAGGCGGCUCCCAUCCUGGUGCCUGUGUCGCAGGUGAUGAUGUGCAUGAACUGCACCUCGGACUUCAGCCUCACGCUCAGGAGACACCACUGCAACGCCUGCGGCAAGGUUGUGUGCCGCUCCUGCUCCCGAAACAGAUACCCUCUCAAGUACCUCAAAGACCGUAUGGCCAAAGUGUGUGAUCACUGCUAUGCUGAGUUACGCAAGCGAGGUGGCGCUCCUCCACAUGCAUGUGGGAAUGCCAGCCCUAGGCCUAACAGAGCCAGCAGACCCCUGUCUGCCGUGUUCCAGAGCUUCCAGCCCCCAAGCCUGUGGAGGAACAGAAAGAGCACCUCCCCCCUCGCACAGGUGUCUGUGGGUGCUGAGGGCUCCACCAUGAGCGGCAGCCUGCAGCGGCGCAAGAAGAGCAAGAGGAAGUGGAAGAGGCUGUGGUUCCUCCUUAAAGACAAGGUGCUCUACACCUUCAAAGCACGCGAGGAUAAGGUGGCGGCAGAGAGCCUCCCCCUACAGGGCUUCACCGUGAAGCUGUCUGACUCCUCAGAGGGGGCCGAGGCGUCCAGCGUGUUCCAGCUCUACCACAAGAAGACCCUCUACUACACCUUCAGAGCCGACGACCAGUACACAGCCAGAAGAUGGGUGAAUGCCAUGGAGGAGGCCACAGUCUUGUAGCACUCAUUCACCCCUAAAGAUGUUGUGUAUAAACUGAGACUGCCUAGACUCUCAUUUUCACCCAUAUUUACAUCCUUCAGAAAACCUGCUCAUGAACACAUUUUGACCUUAACAGACUGGAUGUUAUUUCAUGCAAGAGGAUCAUGCAACCACACUGCCCUGAGAUAAGGUGGGACCCCUUAUUCUCUCCACUGGGACUCUGACACAUGUGCCAAGCCAUACUGCUACAUACUGAGUGUGCUCUGGGAUCUCUUCACUGCCACCCACAAUCUGUGCCACAAGCAGAAGAAUGUUCUCUCUCUGGCCUCCUGCCUAGGGAAGCUUUGCCAUCUCUCUGCAUACUGAGCGCUUGCCAACAGAUUGUCACAUGUACAGUGCUGUGGAUUUGAUGCUUUUUAUGCUGUUUUGAAAACAGGACAGGUCAUUGACAGUGUGUCCAUAUGCACCGGAAUGGACAUCUACUCAACCGUUUGGAGUUGCUUAACCAACCGCAAUGAAAGGGAAAUGGAGGCUAACAAAUUACCCAUUUGUUUAUUCUCCUCAAUGGUUUAAUGUCAAACAGAAUGGUAAACAGAUUUGAGUGUGAAAUUUCACCACAAAGGGAGGAUAAAACUAGUGGUGAGAUCUAACUACCUGAAGCCUGUGAUAAUUUCCCAAACUAAUUGUUUCAGUUCUCUAUAGCACACAACACUGUGCAUUGUGCAUUGCUCUGCAAAAAAGGGGUCAGUGAGAAAAAAAAUAACCAGACACCCCCUGGCACUUCUCAGUCAUUACCUCUGCUCUUCCUCUUUGGGAUGGCCCCUCUUUAAAAUAGCAACACUGGCAUAUCAUUAGUAAAUUAAGCAAUUCAUUUUACUGACAAUAAGAGUGCUCCCUAGUUUCUCAGUAUUACUGUGCUCGGAUCCUCUGCCGAUGAAGCCCAUCUGAUUCUGCACAGAGAAUGAUGCAUUUAAUAUCUUUCCUCACAUUUCUGUCUUCUGAUGUUCUGAAAUUUUGAAGCACAUUCUUCUAAUUAUUAUCUCCACCAAGGAGGUUGUGUUUUUGUUGGUCUGUCUACUGUAUGUGCAGAAUUACACAAAAUCUGCAGGCCCAAUGUGCAUGAAAGUUGUUGAAAUGGUCCAAGGACAAACCCAUUAAAUUUAGGGGCAGAUUGGACUUUAGUUUAGAAUUUAUUUCACUUUCACUACUGUUGUGAGACAUGGCUUUCAUUCCAGGUUAAUAUGAUGUCCAUAAUAAAAUGCACAACAUGCCCUCUAGUGUUCAAUUCAAAGCAAGGAAAUUAAUUUCAGUAUGGAUGGUCUUACCCAAACAAGUGUCCUCUGAGUUUCUGAAAUAGUGUGUAGUAAUCACCAUGACGUGGAAAGACUUACUGUAGUGCAAUACUGUAACAGUGUAGCAGUUUCUCCCGAAACCCACUGCAGAAGUUUCAGUUUUAGGCUACUUGAGAUAAAUUAGACCAAACAAAGCCGGAAGGAGGAGUUUCCAAUCAGUAAGGAUGGAAUAACUGAGCUUUGGACUGAUCUGCAUAGAACAAAACUAUGAGGCCUUGGCAGAGGGUUGUGCAUGGUUGUACUGAGUCCCAUAACACUUAUCCAUGCACUGUAUGAUUCAUCGUUAAAUGUAAUUUCAUGUGAUUACACCUUCUUCUUACAUUACAGAUUUUAUGUAUCGUGGACAUUUAUGACAUUUACAGUUAUGUAUGGCCCAUCAGAUUUAAGAUUUGUGACACUGGGACCUCUCGAUGAAACCACUUAGCCUAUGGACUACUACCUUUUACUCUUGUACUGAAGUUAGUAAACCUUGUUGGCCGAAGAGAUUUUGUGUAUAUACCGGUUAAAACAGCAUCACUCUGUGUUGCAGUGAUCUCAGUUUUAUAACAAAAAUUAAUUGUUGAAAAUGAUGUAUAUACAUAUAUUGACAUGGGUUGUUUCUUUUAUAUAAAGGGUAUAUGGUAAACUCAAGGAUAUUUUAUUGUAACAUGAAUUGUUUUUUUUUUUUGUUUUGUUUUGUUUUUGGAAAUUAUCAACACUCCAAGAUUAGUCUCUUGUGCCCAAAGACACACUAAUAUCCUAGGUUAGUGUGUGUACUUAUGUUUAUUGUUUAUAGUACUGGUUUCAUAAAGAUGAACAUUAACAAUGGGAGUGCCAAUCAUUCAUGUAUAGUCUUCUACAUAGAAAUUUACAGGGAAGUCUUCUUUUACAUGUUAAGUAUAUGUAAAGAUGUGAAAACAUAGAUGUUACACAUUUUGCAUUUUAUCUGAUAUAGAAAUCCCCUAAGUAGUAAAGUAUCUAAAUGCCUUUGAUAACACUUGGCCACAUGAACCAUUAGAAUUCCAUUGCACAUUUCCUUGAUAACAUGCUGUGAUCACGUAACCUGGGCACACCAAUAGUUCACUGAAGUUUUAUCAUAAUUUUUUGAGCAGUGUCCAGAAUGGUUCAGAUAAUUGCAUGCUUCCAUUUCCCUCGACUUACUAUAGAGGUCAGACAUUGAGUUGGUUACAGAGGAAGUAUAUUUUAAUCUUUUCAGAUUUUACAUAUUCAGACAAACGGUAACUUGCAUGAUAUUAAUUCAUACCUGAAUUUCUUAAACACGACUAACCUCCAGGUAGCUCACUGAACAAAAAAAACCCUUCAAUGAUAGAGAUGCCUUUAUUUUGUAUUUUCACUGUGUCAAGCUGUACUGUAUUUGCUUAUGUUAUGUACCCUGGCCUCUGUCUGUGGUAAAGACUAUAUAGAGAGAUUAUAUAGAAUGAUGAAUGUAAUAUCAAGAUCAGAGUUGGUGUACAUAUUCAGCACUAUAUUGAGACACUCAAGAGGGGCUGCUCCAUUCAAUACUGUAUUUUUAGUAGCUGCCCAAGAGUCUGCGUAAACUGAGCCCUUUCUGGACAGCUUCCUGAAACUGCUACGGUUUCCAUUGAACAAUCUCUUUGAAUGUCUCUACUAUUGUCUUUAGGUUCUUUUGCACUUCAGUGUGACCAGUUUGUAGUUCAUGUGUUUGUGUCCAACAAUCCAAACCAAGUACAGUUUUGUAUUGAACGUUCAGAAAGUGCAGUUGAAAUACACAUAAUUAAAGUGUUCUUUCUCUUUUCCAUG